AGCGACCGUGGAGCCAGCGGGCCGGGGGCAUGGUCGGUCCCCCGGCCCCGCCGCGCCCCCGCCGCCGCCGCCGCCCGCCCGGGGCUAGAGGCGGCCGCCGCGAGGGCGCGCGGCGCCGGAGACAUGUCCAGGAGGAAACAGAGCAACCCCCGGCAGAUCAGGCGUUCCCUUGGAGACAUGGAGAUGGCCGAGGAGACCCUGGCCACCGACAGCGGCCCCACGGACAAGGAGGCCACGGCGGCGGAGCCCAAGGCCGCCAGGGAGGCCGAGCCCCCGAGCCCUUCCCGAGCCGAGGUGAGUCCAUCCCCAGGGGCGGCACCCCCCACGCCCCCAGGAAGUUCUGAGGAGAUGGAGGAACAGGAGCCAGACUCGAGACCCCAGGAGGAGGAGGAAGAGGAGGCGGCCGCAGCCAGUCCCUGGAGGGGACCAGAGGAGCUGGAGCUGGAGCUGCGGGACGGGCAGAGGGGCGUGCGGGCCCGGCUCGGCCUGGCCGAGGGCCUGUCCUGGGGCCCAUUCCACGGGAGCAUCCAGACCAGAGCCGCGUCCCCCGGGCGGACGGAGGAGGGCCCGGCACGGACCCUGACGCUUGCCGACGAGGCCUGCUGGCUGCGGACGCUGCCCCAGGCCCCGACUGAGGCCGAAGCCAACUUGGAGAUCUACCGGAAGGACAACGCCCUCUGGUGCAGAGUCACCAAGCCGGUGCCCGCCGGAGGACGCCUGCACGCGUCCCUCGUGGCUGAGCCCCACGGCACCCCCGGGCCGCCCCUGAAGGAGCCGGCGGAGCCCGCGCGCCCCGCCCCAGCGCACGCCGACAUCCAGCUGCUGCCCCAGCAGGCCGGCAUGGCGUCCAUCCUGGCCACCGCCGUCAUCAACAAAGACAUCUUCCCAUGCAAGGACUGCGGGAUCUGGUACCGCAGCGAGCGGAACCUGCAGGCCCACCUGCUCUACUACUGUGCCAGCCGCCAGCGCGCCGGGUCUCCAGCUGCCACGGCCGCCGAGGAGAAGCCCAAGGAGACGUACCCCAACGAGCGCAUCUGCCCCUUCCCCCAGUGCCGCAAAAGCUGCCCCAGCGCCAGCUCCCUGGAGAUUCACAUGCGCAGCCACAGCGGAGAGCGUCCCUUCGUGUGCCUGAUCUGCCUGUCGGCCUUCACCACCAAGGCCAACUGUGAGCGCCACCUCAAGGUGCACACGGACACGCUGAGCGGUGUCUGUCACAACUGUGGCUUCAUCUCCACCACAAGGGACAUCCUCUACAGCCACCUGGUGACCAACCACAUGGUGUGCCAGCCGGGCUCCAAGGGGGAAAUCUACUCGCCAGCUGCAAAACUCCCUGCAGACGGGCUGGCCAGUUUCCAGCAGCUCUCGGCCCUGCAGGGCCCCCUGGUCUCCGUGCCCACCCCGCCACCAGGACCGGACAGAAAGGCCCCCACCGCGGCCACCAACGGAGAGGCCACAGCCGCCCCCCAGAACGGGGAGGGCCGCGCGCCCCCGGCGGCGCCCCGCAGCGUCAAGGUGGAGGCGGUGGAGGAGCCCGAGGCGGCGCGCGCCCCGAGUCCCGGAGAGCCCGGGCCCCAGGCCCCGCGUCGGACUCCGUCGCCGCCCAGCCCGCCCGGCGUCCAGGUGAAGGCCGAGCCGCCCAGCCCCACGCCCGGCUCCAGCCCGGGGCCCGGCGAGCUGCGCCUGGCCGGGGCCCUGCUGGUGCCGCCGUUCGUGCUCGGGCCGGAGGCGGGCGCGGCCCCGGGCCCCGCGGCGCCGCAGGCCUCGGAGAUCCUGGCCAAGAUGUCGGAGCUGGUGCACAGCCGGCUGCAGCAGGGCCCGGGCGGCGCGGGCGGCGCGGGCGGCGCGGCGGGCGCCACGUGCUUCGAGUGCGAGAUCACCUUCCACCACGCGAGCAACUUCUACGUGCACAAGCGGCUCUACUGCUCGGGCCGCCGCGCGCCCGAGGCCCCGGGCCCCGACCCGGCCGGCGCCGCCGCCGCCGCCGCCGCGCCCGAGGCCGCGCCCGAGGCCGAGGCGGGCGGCCGGGGCAGCGAGGGCAGCCCGAGCCCGGGCAGCGCGGGGGACGAGGCGGAGGACGACCCGAGCCGCACGCUGUGCGAGGCCUGCAACAUCCGCUUCAGCCGCCACGAGACCUACACGGUGCACAAGCGCUUCUACUGCGCCUCCCGCCACGACCCGCCGCCGCGCCGGCCGCCCGCGCCCGCCGCGGCCCCGCCCCCCGCGCCCGCCGCGGCCCCGCCCCCCGCGCGCGCGCGCCGGCGCCGCAAGCUGUACGAGCCGCCCGCGCCCGGAGCCCCGCCCCCCGCGCCCGGGGCCCCGCCCCCCGCGCCCGCCGCCGGCCCCGCCCCCGCGCCCGAGCCGCCGGCCUCGCCGCGGCCGCGCAGCGCCGGCCCCGCGCCCGCGCCCGCGCCCGCGCCCGAGGGCCCCAUCGACCUGAGCAAGCGGCCCCGGCGCCGGCCGCCCGAGCCGCCCGCCGCGCUGCCGGGCCUGGCCGACUACCACGAGUGCACCGCCUGCCGCGUGAGCUUCCACAGCCUCGAGGCCUACCUGGCGCACAAGCGGUUCUCGUGCCCGGCCGCGCCGCUGCGCGCCGCCGCGCCCUGCCCCUACUGCCCGCCCCACGGGCGCGCGCGCGGCGACCUCGGGGAGCACCUGCGCCGCGCGCACGGCCUGCGCGCCCCCGGCGCCGAGCCCGCGCCCGAGCGCGCCCCGCGGGACAGCCCCGACGGCCGCGCGCCGCGCUCCCCGUCCCCCGAGCCCGCGGACCCCGGCGCGCGCGCGCCCGCCAAGGGCCCGCCCGCGCCCGCGCCCGGCGGCGGCGGCGGCGCCCCCCGCUACUGCCGCCUGUGCAACAUCCGGUUCAGCAGCCUGUCCACCUUCAUCGCGCACAAGAAGUACUACUGCUCCUCGCACGCCGCCGAGCACGUCAAGUGA